AUGGACGCGGGGCCGGAGGCGGAGCGGGGCCCGGCCUGGGGCGGCUGCCGGCCGGGGGGGCGGCUCGACAUGAGCCACGGCUUCGUGCGGCACAUCCGGCGGAACCAGAUCGCCAGGGACGACUAUGACCGGGAGAUGAAGCAGGCCAAGGAGAAGGUGAAGAAGAGGCACACGCCGACCCCGCCCCGGCCCAGGAAACCCGACCAGCAGGUGUACCACCCCUGCCGGAGAAGUCGAGCUGACCCAGCCUGCGGCCUGGAGUACGAGGGGUCUAGCGAGAGCAGCUCCAGCACCGAGCCAGACCCCCGCGGCACAGAGCUCUUCUGCCUAGAGUAUGAGGCCGACAGCGGCGAGGUCACCUCGGUCAUUGUACACCAGGACGACAGCCCUGAGGAGGUAACGGAGAAGGUCUGUGCCCGGAGCCCGCUGGAGCCGCCCCUGCGUGAGGCCCUGAGGCAGCGGGUGCAGGAGGAGCUGCGGAAGCGGCGGGCAAAGCGCUGA